AUGCCUGCUCUCCCUGCAAACUCGCUAAUCGUCGUUACUGGCGUCACCGGCUACAUCGCGAGCCACAUCGCCUUUGCUGCGCUCAAAGACGGUCACCGUGUCCGUGGCACGGUCCGCUCCCUCGCAAGCACUGAGGAGGUCCGCGCUGGCUUUGUCUCGCACGGUGCGGACGUCUCCAAGCUCUCCUUCAUUGUCGUCGACGACUUCCUCAGUGAGUCUCAGCUCGCCGCGGCGGUUGACGGAGCCGAUGGCGUAGUCCAAGUUGUUGUUCCCGGCGGCGUUCCUGGAACAACCGACGGGGCCCCACAAGAGGCAAUCGAUUGGGCACACGCAUUGCUCCGCGUCUCAGCGGCGCAGCCGUCCGUAAAGCGCUUUGUGAUCACGUCGAGCGCGUUCGCGACGCAUCUUCCCAUCCCAGGCUUCAUGCAGGACCGCGUGACCGACAAGACGUGGAACGACGCCGUCGUGCAGAUCUUCCAGAACCCGCCGCCGGAGAUGGACAAGGAGGGGGUGGCAUGGACGGGCAUCCGCUAUGCCUCGACCAAAACUCUCUCUGAACGCGCAGUAUGGGCAUGGGCCGAGCAGAACAAGCCCAAAUUCGAUGUCGUAUCCAUUCUUCCGGAUGCCAAUUUCGGGCCUGUCCUGUACGGUGGACCAAAAUCAACAAACGCAUGGAUUCCGGCGAUACUCACGAACCAGGCUGCUUUUACGAAUGGAUACCCCCCGCAAUGGUUCGUCGACGUACGCGACACCGGGCGGCUGCACAUUAAAGCGCUGACAGAGCCCCAAUUCGGCGGGCAACGCAUAUUGGCAGCAUCGGAGCCGUACGGGUGGAAUCUCAUCUUCUCCCUCCUGCGCAAGAAUUUCCCCAAAGCGCAAGUCCCUGAGGACCUCCCAGCGCCGCUGGGAGGGCUGGCAACGUACGUGAUGGAGAACGAGGUCGGGGGGAAAGCAUUAGGAGGGUGGAUCGGCUUGGAGCAGUCGCUGAUUGAUACGGGGAAGGCGUGUGGAUUUUGA